AUGCGGUCGUCAUUUGGCGAUGGCAAUGCCAGCGUCUUCGCUGGUCCGACCAAGAGAAUGGCAUUCGCAAAAUCUCACAUCGAGAUUCGACUCCACAAUCACUUCCGGUCCAUGGUCUACAACACGGGAUCUCCAAUCCAAGGCGAGGUGGUGAUCAAGACGCAGCGAGAUACCCCUUUUGACAGCGUGCAAAUCCUCCUUCUUGGAAUGACCAAGACGAGGUUUGAGGAUGUUGGCUCCCCGCACAUUACGACAAACACCCUCCUAAGGCUGGAGAUGCCCGUCCCAGAGUCGACCUACCCCACGCCAAGGAUCUUGGAGGCCGGUCGCACCUAUAAGAUUCCCUUCAACUUUGUCGUCCCCAGCCACCUGACACUGAACGCAUGCGAGCACAAGGUGGAAGCCAAUUAUGUGCGAGAGCAUCACCUGGCUUUGCCGCCGACAAUGGGUUUCUGGGAGAGGGAUGACCUAUCCCCAGAUAUGGCUCAGGUUGAAUACUUGAUCAAGGCUAGGGUGCUGCGCCACGCUGAUGUCGACGAUAACAUCAGGGCUCUGGUGGCCAGGGAGCAGAUCAAGAUCCUGCCGACUUUUUUGGAACAGCCUCCGUUGGACGCUGAGCAUUUGGCCAACUUUUACCGACUCUCAAAGUCAAAGACCCUUCGCAAGAACCUAUUGUCGCACAAGAUCGGAAGUAUCACAGCCUCGGCGAAACAGCCCAAUGCCAUAUUCCUCUACCCCGACGCGCUAGGAACGACAGAGACGGUGGUCAACGUGAAGUUGGUAUUUGAGCCUGCAACAGCCGAUGCGAUUCCACCUCAAGUCACCGGGAUUUCGGGCAAGAUCCUAGCGCACACAUUCUACAGCUCCGGGGCCAUGACGAACCUGCCAGACCGCAUCCCCGAGCUUUCGAGGAGGUUCCUGACCAACAGACAGCUCAGCUAUACGGCCACCAUACCGCUCUUUUCCGAUCGAAUCCAGUCCAAGACUUCAUGGACCGCGCAGCUGAGGAACAUUGAGAGGCGAGACUCGGGUUACUCGUCCUCUGACCUGCACGACUCCAAAGCGCAGGAGAGGCAUGCGUCGCCCAUUUACCACUCGUGCGAGGUCCCCGUGCCCAUCCGGCUGCCCAGCGAGGGGAGCGCCAGGGGCGGCGGCAAGACCUUCAUCCCUACGUUUGCGAGCUGCAUAACCUCGCGCACUUACUCUCUCCAGAUAUCUCUGACCGUCGGCGGGGCCAAUUCGGGGUCGACGACGCUGGCCUUGUCGCUCCCGCUGCAGAUCGCCGCCAUUGCUGGCGUCGAGUCUCCGACGGCCGAGGUGCUACCAGACUUUGAGACGGCCAUGGAGGAUGCAGAAGUCGAGUCGAUGUUGAGGCCGCGAACGAUGAUGCUUCCAGAUCUAAGGUAUCCUGGGAACAAUGAGCUUCCCGGAUAUGCCUAG